UAUUGUGUAUAUUUAUGAUUCUUCUGGUCAGUAAUGGAAUAUUAAACAAUUCGUCCAUAGUGAAAGAUGAAUCAGUCCAAGAAUUAAAUUACAGAGACUAUAUUGGUCAUCACGGACUGUUCCGUUUGUAUUCUGAAGACCAGGAAACCACUGCUUCAGAUUUUGAUUCACAAUUCGGCAAAAAUGGAACCUACAGGGAUCGUAGUGUCAUGUGUAAUGUAACGAGGGCACAAUUGAAAGGCCGUGAAGAGAUAGACACCCGAAUCUUAACUUUCUCAGAACUAGAACGAAUGUUUCCGGAUCAUCGAGGGGGGAGAUAUCGGCCAUCUCAUUGUAAACCUUCAUCAAGAAUCGCCAUCAUCAUUCCCUAUAGGAACCGUGAAGCUCAUCUGAAACGCCUCCUUCUGAAUCUCAUUCCAAAGCUUCAAAGGCAGCUUCUAGAUUUUACAAUCUACGUUAUAGAACAGAAAGAGAAUGAAGCGUUUAAUCGAGGAAUGAUGCGUAAUAUCGGAUACGUAGAGGCGAAGAAAAGAUUUGGUUACAACUGUUAUAUCUUCAAUGACGCUGAUACCAUUAUUGAAGAUGACCGGAACCUGUUCAAGUGUGGUCAAGAUUUUGUUCAUCAUUUAGUUUCUGGGGUGCGACGGUACAAUUAUAGCUUACCAUACAGAGGACUGCUUGGGGGAGUAAUAGCAAUAAAUGACCAACAGAUGAUGACACUGAAUGGAUACUCCAACAUGUUCUUCGUCUGGGGAGGCGAAGAUGACAAUCUGUUUGAUAGAUUUAUGGAUAGUAAUUUAUGGUUUGAUAGAACAGAUUAUCAAGACGGACUCGUCACAACUUUAGCACACAAAAAAGACAAGAAGUUUGUAUCUCGAUAUAGAACCCUUACAAAAACUAGACACUCCAGGAAAUUUGACGGCGUUUCCAGUCUGCAGUAUGAAUCAAUACUCGUCAAAUACAAACCUCUCUUCGUGUGGAUCGUUGUCAGUGUAAACCAAACACUUAUAGACGAGGAAUUUCAAAGAAAUGCAGAGAAUCAACUGAGGAAAUAUACACUAGAAAGUGCUUGAAAGACUACAGACGAUGGGCCUAUUUUAGUACACUAAACAAAAUUACUAAAUCGCCA